UUUGAGAUAUCCAAACCAUGGUGUCACCCUACCCGUGACACCUUCCUCAUUUUUCCCUAUAUAAACCAAACGCAUUCCUCAUCAUCUUCACUGUGGAAUCCCAAGAAAUACUGUAGCAUAUUACAAGAAGUAAGCAAGCAAUAGCUCUAAUGGCGGCCCUUCGCUCUCUUUUUCUCUGUGUUUUUGUUUUAUCAGCUGCCCUAAGCCAUAGCCAUGCACAGCUGACUCCCAACUUUUACAACAAAGUCUGCCCCAAGGCCUUGUCCACCAUUAGAUCCGUCGUCUUGAACGCCAUCAAACGUGAGCCUCGUAUGGGAGCUUCCCUCUUACGUCUCCAUUUCCACGACUGCUUCGUCAACGGUUGUGAUGGGUCGGUCUUAUUGGACGAUAUUGGUAGCUUCGUUGGAGAAAAGACUGCCUUUCCUAAUGUAAACUCGAUCAGAGGCUUUGAAGUCGUCGACCAGAUUAAACAAAAAGUCAAUAAGGCUUGUAAAGGCAAUGUUGUGUCUUGUGCUGAUAUCUUAGCUGUUGCUGCUCGUGAUUCUGUUGCUAUUCUUGGUGGGCCAAACUACAAAGUACUAUUAGGAAGAAGAGAUGCAAGAACAGCAAGCGUAGACGAUGCCAACAGAAGCCUCCCUCCACCAUUUUUCAGUUUCUCACAGCUUCUAUCCAGCUUCCAAUCUCAAGGCCUCGACCUCAAGGACCUCGUCCUCUUAUCUGCUGGCCACACCCUCGGCAAAGCUCGGUGCGCCACCUUCCGAACAAGGAUAUACAACGACACCAACAUCGACCGGAAAUUCGCAGCGUCGCUGAAGGCAAUUUGCCCACCAAGCGGCAAGGAUAACAAUCUGAUGGGUCUUGACAAGACUUCCAAUUUCUUUGACACUGCCUACUUCAAAGCUUUGUUGAAUAAGAAGGGUCUUCUCCAUUCCGACCAGGAACUGUUCGGCGGCGGGAGCCAGGAGAGUGAUGAAUUGGUGUCGUACUAUAGCAGUUAUCCAUACUCCUUUAGAGAUGACUUUGGUUCUUCCAUGAUCAAAAUGGGUAAUAUAAAGCCACUUACAGGAAGUUAUGGAGAAAUCAGACAAAACUGUCGGUUUGUCAACUAAAAUGUUUCGGUUUGGUUUUCGCUUUCGAUUUGAAUUUGGAUUUGGAAUUGGAUUAACGUUGUUUGAGAUUCGAGUGUCGAAGAGUGUGCAAGUUUGUGUAUAACCUUCGUUGAUGUUUGUUUGUAUUAUAUGAAAUUAAAUAAUUAUUGUGCCCUUCUAAAAUGUCGUAGAAA